AUGUCGGAUUCAAACUUAAGUCCUCAAGAAAUGCGGGAGAGAAGGCUGCAGGCCAUCGCCAGGCAGGCUUUAGAGAGGCAGGAGCAAGAGCAGGCUGAUCUUGCCUUGGCUCGAGCUCUUGCCGUUCAAGAAGAAAUGGAGGCUACAAUUGAUGAAACAAGUGUCGAGGCUACAAUUGAUGAACCAAGUGUCGAGGCUACAAUCGAUAACCCGAAUGUGGAGGCCAGCAUUGAGGAGCCAAAUGUCGACAAUCUGAAUGCUGAACCACUUUCUCACAAUCCAGCCACCGAUGCGAUUGCCACUGUUGCCACUGUUGGAACUGGUACUCCAGUAAAUCUUGCUUUCAAUCUGAAUUUCACGCUCUCCUCCGGCUCUAGCAUUAGAGAUAUUUUACAAUCGUUUUUUGCGGGAAAUUCAUUGGCGGCUUCUCCUAGGAAGGCUCAGGUCACAGAGAUGCCUCCUGACAUGCUGAGCUCCAGCAAGACUAGGUCUGCAGAUUUCUUCGAAGGGCCAAGCACCUCUAGAGGCACAACUAGUUCUGCUGCAUCAAGGACUCUGAACCUGGAAGCAGGGCCAAGCACCUCUAGAGGCACAACUAGUUCUGCUGCAUCAAGGACUCAGAACCUGGAAGCAGGGCCAAGCACCUCUAGAAGCACAACUAGUUCUGCUGCAUCAAGGACUCUGAACCUGCAAGCAGGGCCGAGCACCUCAAGAGUCAAGACUAGUUCAGCUGCAUCAAGGACUCCAGACCUGGAAGCAGUGCCCAGCUCAUCAAGAGGCAAUGGUUCUAAUGGAGCCUUCGAAGGCUUUGAAGAGGAGGAAGCGUCAUCCAGCGGGGCUGGGGGCGACAUAGUUGAUUUAACCCAGGACCAGGAAUUCCCGGAGGAUCACUUUGAUUUUAGAGAUGAUUCUUACAGUAGUGACGAUUCGGACUUCAUUCCACCCUCUCAACCGAAAAAGAGGAAAUCCCUGUCUUUAUCACAGCAGCCAGCGAAGAAGAUUUCGAACACGUCAGCUCAAGCCAGUGUCAGAUCCUAUCUGAGUGGAUUGAACCAGGAUCAGAGGCAUCAGACCACACCCCAGUCAAGAGCUAGACAACUGUCUGCAUCCCAGCCUGCUCCACGACCACAGACCCCUCCAACCCUAGCUCAGCAGGAAGCGGAGGCAAGGGAGGUUGCUGAAAGCGUUGGCCUAUGCGUUGUCUGCACAGUCAACACUGUCAAUGCCAGGCUCAGGUGUGGCCAUGCCUUUUGUGUUAACUGUCUGCAAACACUCAAGGCCCAGAAGAAACCAUGCCCCAAGUGUCGACAAGCAUUUAGAAAGUGGGAGCCACUUUACCUGUGA